AACUUUUCUCCGCGAGGAUCACGAAGAAAUAAAGCAUGUCCAGCUCGGUGAUUUCGGUCAUCUCGAGGUUUCUGGAGGAGUAUAACUCGAGCACGUCCACUAAGCUGAAGGUGGUGGACGCGUACCUGCUGUAUAUCCUGCUGACCGGAGCGCUGCAGUUCCUCUACUGCCUGCUGGUCGGAACGUUUCCCUUCAACAGCUUUCUGUCCGGAUUCAUCUCCUGCGUGGGCUCCUUCAUCCUGGCAGUUUGCCUGAGAAUCCAGAUCAACCCACAGAACAAAGCGGAAUUCUUAUCCACCUCGCCAGAGAGAGCCUUCGCUGACUUUCUGUUUGCUCACACCGUGCUCCAUCUUGUUGCCAUCAAUUUCGUUGGUUGAGAGGAGGCCUUUAUUGGCGUGAACAGUGAGACUGACUGUGGAAAAGAGACCAAACCAUGCAAACGUGCACUUUUAACGCUGACAAACCUGAAGACUGAAGAAAACACACACACACACUACCCCACCACUUUUAUAUGCAACGGUUAUGUUAGGUGCUGGUCAUGAACUGUACCUGCAACACAGUGAUGUUUCUGAACAUCAGAUUUCCAAAUAAUCUAAUCUUAACACACCGGAGAGACGAGGCCUGAAUUAGUGUUAUUGUAAAGGGGACAUUUGGGCUCUGAUAUCAGCAAUAAUGGAAAUGAUAAUGACACAGUAUUCUGGUGGGAAUUUCAUGUGUGUUUUUCAUCAAAUAAACAAAAAGAAAGAAUGUA